CGUGAUUAAUCCACAUUGCAUUUGGCAUUGCCCGAGACCCAUUACGUCAGUGGUUUUGUUGCAGUCCACUGGCUGUGUGCUGCUGUUGUCUGUUGAACGCGUUCGCUUCUGCCAAGCCAUGCCACGAUGAAUUGAACUCGCUGAAGCUAACUGAGACUGGCAGGUCUGUCAUCGCCCGGGGAGCUUCGAGUUUUCAGUUAGGGAAAGUCGCUUUCUUUCCUCAUAUAUAUCGAAGCACAGCGAAGACUGCUUCCCUCUGUUAUCCUGCUGGAAAUACAUCUACUUAAGCUACCAUCAUUACUUCUAAAAGUAAAGAAUUGCUGGAUUUGGCUUCUCGGGUCUUCCGAAGGAAGCGCCUGGUCGCGGCACUGGUGAGCGUGAUCAUGGUGCUGUUCCUCCUUGUUGCUAUCCCACUCGUGGUCCACGGUACGAAAGCUGCCGCCCACUACGAGAUGCUGGGAACUUGCAGGAUGAUCUGUGAUCCUUACAGCCCCCAACACGGGAACUCGGCCGUGGAGGCCAUGCAGGAUUUUAGUGCCAUCCCUCCACCUCCCUUCAUCCAAGGGCCAAAGGGAGAACCCGGACGGACAGGGAAACCUGGGCCAAGAGGUCCUCCAGGUGAGGCCGGUCUACCGGGUCCAAGGGGACCACCGGGAGAGAAGGGCGAUCUGGUCAAGUCUGGCUUCCCGGCGCUGACUGCUUCAGGGGGGCAGGUAACUGGAGCGCUGAGUGCCACCGCUCUCACUAGUCCCAAGAUCGCAUUUUAUGUCGGAUUGAAAAGUCCGCACGAAGGCUACGAAGUCCUUAAGUUUGACGACGUGGUCACAAAUUUGGGAAACUACUACGAUUCGACCACUGGAAAGUUUACGUGUGCGGUGCCCGGGAUUUACUUCUUCACGUACCACGUCCUGAUGAGAGGAGGUGACGGGACAAGCAUGUGGGCAGACCUCUGCAAAAACGGCCAGGUCCGUGCCAGUGCGAUUGCCCAAGACGCAGACCAGAACUAUGAUUACGCCAGUAAUAGUGUGGUUCUUCACCUGGACUCUGGAGAUGAGAUUUAUAUCAAACUAGACGGCGGGAAAGCACACGGCGGCAACAAUAACAAAUACAGCACUUUCUCGGGUUUCAUUUUAUAUCCAGAUUAAGUAAUAUAGUCGAGGCAUUCCGAACUCUAAAUUAGAUGUUAGUUAAAGAUGUUUACAUGUCAAUGUUCGUACAAUGGUUGCUUAAUUUUCGUUUCAGACUUUUUGUACCGAAUGCGUGCGUGUGGAUGUUUGAACUAUGAGUAUUCGUAAAUUAAGUUUACUUGGCACAUGCGUUCUGGUUUCCAACAAUGCUUUAAAUCAGGCACGUAUCAACAGUUCUUGGGAAGAUGGAGCAUAAAACAAAAUUGGACUGUUUCCAUCCCGAGUACUGAAUAAUGUGAAAUGACAUAUCAUAUGUAUAUGCCUUUGUACAUUCAAUACCUUUUUGAUCGUAAUAUCUCAAGUCUUUGAUGUAUUGUACCAUCAUUAAAUGCCAUUUCCCCCAGGAUUUUGCUCUGGUCAUUUGCAUGCAAUAAAGGUCGUGAUCAAUGAUGGUCAAGUUGGAGUGGCUUGAUGGCCUAUCCUUGCUCCGAAUUCUCACGUUCUUAUAAUACUGUUACACUUCUGCAGUUUAGCUUUCACCAUUUAUCCACGCGUUUUCUGUCAUUUAUAAAAGUAUGGAACUUAAAUAUUUGUAUCUCUUCUGUUUCAAGGGCUGCCAAAGCAUUUCUACACAUAUAUUAAUCACACAUUUCAACAUUGCCUUUCCUUUCUGUGUCAUUUGAAAAGACCUUCUAAGUGACCUGACUAAGUAUUUCAUCAAUCAAACUGGAUUUCACCCAAUGACCAAAUAGUGACUAAUGUGCUGAUGUCAAGGAUGAUUAAAAGUCAUGACCAUAUUGAUGUCUUUGGAUGUUUUAAACAACUGUCCUUAUUCAUUGAACUUUGUGUUAAUUCAUAACAGGUGAUUUACAUAAAAUUAAUAUAGCUUGUGUUACAUGAAAGGCAGUAAAGUUUUUUCUUGCAUUCCCUUCACAUUUGUUUUUAACAUAAAGAAAGCUAAUGCAUGCAACAAAUAAUACUAUUGGAUUGUGACCAUCUGUUUAAUGCAGGUACAAACAUGAUGGCAUGUACAUGUUAGAAUUCAUAUCCACCGUCCCGAUGAUAACUGAUCUUAAAAUUGGCAUUUAUUUUGCAUAAAUUAUAAUAAAGAUGUACACAUUUUACGUAGUGAUCAAAUCUUCUGAUAUAUCUGUCUUAAAUUAGUAAUUAGGGAUUUUAUUUUAAGAUGGUUAGCUGAACUGUUGCAAAUGUGUCAUUUUUAUUGAGUUUUCAAAUCUUGCUUUAAAAAUGUAAUUUGGCUAGAGAAAAAGUGAAGUCACGAGUGUUGCAAAUUUUAAGAAUAAAUAUUAGAAUGCAAGGCGUUUUAUUCUGGGGACGGUACAGAAAUUCAAAGUGAAAUCA